AAAAAGCCGUCGUAGCCGACUGUAUCUGUUUGGGACCAGUUUUUAUCUAUCCCGAUACCUCUUCAUUCCGGAAUAACAAUGGUGGAUUACGAGGUGACCGUCUAUACUGGCGAUCGAGUUCACGCCACUACCGUGAACCCGGUGCACAUUAAGCUGGUGGGCACAGAAGGCGAGAGUGCCCGCACGUGGUUGAGCUCCUGGGUCAUCUUCAGAGGAGCGGUGUCAACUUACACUGUUUCCUGCCCAAAGUCUCUUGGACGGCUGGUUCUGAUAGAACUAGACAAACGUCAAUUCAGACUUAUGUUCGGUGAUGCUUGGUUCCCCGACAAGGUGGAAAUCAAAUCACCCGAGCGAGACAUCUACACCUUUCCUAUCUACUGCUGGAUCAGUGACCGGGAGACGCAUUGUUUCAGAGAAGGCAAAGCACUGCGAAUCUUUGACGAGAGCAACUCUCUUGGUCGAAACGCAAGGAAGCAGGAGCUGAGUCAGCGAAGCGUCGACUAUGUCUGGGAAUUGUUUUCCCUAGGUUUGCCUUACAUCAUUAAGGCAGAUGAUCCUACUAGCCUUCCAGAUGAGGUCCAGUUCUCCUUUACCAAGAGUACAGAGUUUGUAUUCACAGCAAUGACAGGGUUGGCUGAGCUUCGGCUAAAAGGGCUUGUUGACAACCAGGAAAAUUGGCAAAAUCUUGACGAUAUCAACGACGUGUUCCGUAACAAAGACACACCCUUAUCAAAUUAUGUUCAAGAACACUGGAAGGAAGAUUGGUUAUUUGCGUACCAGUUUCUAAACGGAGCCAAUCCCAACAUGAUUCGACGCUGCAAAACUCUGCCCAACAAUUUCCCUGUGACCGAAGACAUGGUCUCUAUCCCCAAUGGCUCAAACUUGUCAAAUGAGUUGAAGCAAGGCAACAUAUACCUGUGCGACUACAAGAACCUGGAUGGAAUGCCAGCAAAUACAGUCCAAGGGAAGGAGCAGUAUCUGACAGCACCACUCGUACUGUUUCACAAAACAGCCGACGACACGCUGAUGCCUAUUGCCAUUCAGCUGAAGCAGACUCUGGCGGAGGACAACCCCAUCUUUCUCCCAACUGACUCUGAAUAUGACUGGCUGACGGCUAAGAUCUUUGUGAAAGGUGCCGAUUUCACGGAGCACCAGCUCAACGUUCAUUUGCUGCGCACUCACCUGUUGGUGGAGGCUUUUACAGUCUCACUGCUGCGCAACCUGCCCAUGGUGCAUCCCCUCUACAAGCUUCUCAUACCUCACACACGCUACACUCUGCAUAUCAACGAAUUAGGUCGGGUUCGACUCAUAGGACCGAAUGGAGUCUUCACAAAGUUUGGAGCUUCUGGUGGAGAGACUUUGACAAAGUUCUUGGCAAGAUCACAGUCCUUGAUCACCUACAGGUCCCUUUGCAUCCCUGACGACAUUGCUGACCGUGACUUGCAGGACCUGCCUAACUUCUACUACAGAGAUGAUGGACUCCAACUUUGGACCAUCAUCUUCAAAUUUGUGCAAGGAGUGAUACAGCACUACUACAAAAGUGACGACGAGGUCCAGCGGGACUCCGAACUGCAGACAUGGAUUCGGGACAUUUUUGAACACGGAUUCCUUUCCCAGUCACAAUCAGGCAUACCUCAGAGUUUUAUGACUGUGCCUGAACUCACCAAAUUCACCACCAUGGUGAUGUUCACUUGCUCGUGCCAGCACGCAGCUGUGAACAGCGGGCAGUACGACUACGGUGGCUGGAUGCCCAACACCCCCACCACCCUGCAGCGUGCUCCCCCGACCGAAAAAGGGACAACGAGCAAGAGCACAAUCCUCGAGACUUUGCCCCCUAUCAACGUGACUGCUCAGGGAAUGGCCAGCGCCUGGCUGCUCAGCAGACAGUCUUCUGAUUUUGUUCCCCUCGGGCACUACCCAGAGGAGCAUUUUACCGAGGAGAUCCCUCGCCAGCUGCAAAAGGAUUUUAAAGCCGAGCUUGAAGAGUUGUCCAUCAAAAUCAACAACCGAAACGAGGGUCUGGCAGUCCCGUACACUUACCUGGAUCCAAAGAACAUUGAAAACAGCGUAGCCAUCUAAACGUCGGAAAGUCACAAUCAAAAGGGAGGUGUGUGUGAAAAUUCAAACAACAAAUAUUGUCUAAAUACAAGUUUAAACACCUCCAGUGUAAGUAAAUCAGGUUAUUUUAUAAAACUAAUUACCGCGGAAACGACUUGGAGUUAAGUCAAAGCGUCACAAUUAUAUUAUGUAGUGUGUGUGAAGGAUGAAACGUUGCUGUUGGGUUGCUUUCAUAGAAUUCCCAAAUCCCAUAUUCGGACAAUAUGAUAUGAUUUUAUAAAUUAUUGAAGUGAAAACCUCUGAAGCUGACAACAAUGUCUUCCAUUCCGUCAGGCUGGUUGACCUCCAUGUUUAUCUAAAGAAAUUUUCCUUGGAGACAUAUUAUAAAGAGAGGUAAUCAUUACCGGACAAUGCCAUAUCCUGAUUACCUUAUAAAACAUAACAGGAUUCUCAGGAACUUGGUGAAGGAAACACCUUAAUAAUUAUAUUGACAAGUUCUUGCUUUGACUUGUGUCAUUGUAUAUUUAAUCAGUUCCAGGAAGAGUGAGCCCAAAUAUUUCUGUAGAUUUGUGAAAGGUUUGUGAAAGACUUGAGAAAGAUUCAAGAAAACACUUGCUAGUUGAAUAAUUAUUAUGACUUAAAUAUCUCCUACUUCUCCAAAAUGACAUCUAUAAUAAAAAAAGAUUACACCUAGUUGGAGUUA